GAUUGGCAAGCCACUGAGGGACUUUCUAGGCGAAUCGAAAGUUAGAGGAAGAGAAGAGAAGAGCCAUGGAGCUGGAGGACAUGCCCUUGGAGAAGAAGAGAGACGGAGAUGGUGAAGGCACAAGUAAACUGGUGGUGGAGGCCAAAGCUGAAGGCAAACAGACCGAGGGAAAUGCCCGUCUGUACCUUACCGGCUGUUUAUUCUUCACACUGAUCUCCCUGGUCCUCAUGCUGGCCGUCAUCGUCCUCAGUGUGAAAUCCCAAACUGGAUCCAAAGAUUGCCCAGGGACUGGGGAUGAUGGAAGAUGCUGGAACAUCUUCCCUAAGAUUCAGGCCCAGAAGCUUGACUGCCACCAGUGUGGUGACGGAUGGCUGCUGUUUGAAAACACGUGUUUUUACCUGUCCACCGUCAGGCUGAACUGGUCCAUGAGCCAGAAGAACUGCACCGCCGGAAAAGGAGAUUUGGCCGUCAUCUCCAGCCAGAGUGUUCAGACUUUUCUGACUGGGAAGGCAAAAAGCUUUUUCUGGAUCGGGCUGAAACAUGAUGCAAAUCAAUGGAGAUGGGUCGACAACAGUGCACUGGGAGUCAGGUAUUGGGAAGAUAAUCUGUCCAAUGGGGAUUGUGGCCUCCUGAGAGGUGACGGCCCACCCCUGAAGAACUGGAUGAGGGCGUCCUGCAACAGCAAAGCCUACUUCAUCUGUGAGAAGCAGCACACAAGCCUCCUCACAAUUCUCUGGACUACUUUCUUUAUGUAUAUCAAAUUCUGCCGCAUUUAUGGAGGGGAUAAAAAAGACGACGCCAAGGAAAACUUGUCAUCCCAGUUAUCAGUUGAACUGGAGGGGGAGAGAGGCAAACAGACCGAGGGAAAUGCCCGUCUGUACCGUGCCGGCUGUUUAUUCCUCACACUGAUCUGCCUCGUCCUCGUGCUGGCAGUCAUUUUCCUCAGUGUGAAACUCCAAACUGGAUCCAAAGAUUGCCCAGGGAGUGGGGAAGCAGGAGCAGGCAGGACAAGCACUUCAUUAACUGCAACCUGCAACUUUGACCAAUGCCAGACCGACUUCCCCGACAUCCAGCAUCAGAAGCUCCACUGCAACCAGUGUGGUGACGGAUGGCUGCCGUUUGAAAAGUCAUGUUAUUUCCUGUCCACCAUGAGGUCGACCUGGUUGAUGAGCAUGAUCGAGUGCACCACCAGAGGAGGACGUUUGGCCGUCAUCUCCAGCCAGAGUGUUCAGACUUUUCUGAGUGGGAAGAGGAUUGGCUUAUUCUGGAUCGGGCUGGAACGUCCUGGAAGUCAAUGGAGAUGGGUCGACAACAGGGCACUGGGAGACAGUUAUUGGGACGAUAAUCUUUCAGAGGGGGAUUGUGGCCUCCUGAGAGGUGACGGCCCACCCCAGAAGAACUGGAUGAGGGCGCCAUGCGCCCACUCAGCCUACUUCAUCUGUGAGAAGCAGGCCUGACAGCAUCGUCUUUUCAUCAGAGAAAUGAACAAACACAUUCUCUGUCUGCAAGCAUCGACUCCUCAGUAACACGUCGCAUCGUUUCUCUUUCCACUUUUCAAUCAGUAGAAUCCGGCAAAUAAAAUUACAAAGCGUCUUCCACAACAGCUGUUUUGUAUUUAACACCUGUGGAAUUGUAACUUACAUCUUCUUGCAGCAUCAUGUAGUAUCAUAUGAACCUGAAUGUGAACUUUGUUUCAACAAGUUUUUAUUUUCAUAUAAAAUAAUCAUGCUUCUACCUAACAAGUACAA